GUUUCUCGAUAGGAAAACCGCUCGGAAACAAUAUAGCGCAAUCUUGCCCACGAUGCGUAACAGGGCUACCACUCGUCUGAAACUCAAUUAUCUAAGAAGUCCGAAAAUACGGCAAUCCUGGAGCAAAUACAACCUUUACAACCUAACGCGGCUAAGAGAUGUAGGCAGAGUCCUCAAUUUCUUCAGGACAAAAUGGCAAUCAAAAUCAAUGUCCCGCAGUUACCAUGGCGAACAAAUCCGGGAGAAGCAGUGGGUGCGUAUGUUCGAUAGGCGAAUUCGGUCGGUGAUACCCAUGGACGCCCGAUACCUCGCAUCGAACGAUGGCUCUCUUGAAUCUGCUGGACGAGGAUCAGGCUUGGAUACUAGAGGGCGGAAUCGAGUCGACAAAAAAAAGGAGGUUCCCUAUAUGCAAAUGACUUAUGCUCCGUUAGAGCGACGGUUGGAUACCGCCAUCUUUCGGGCAAUGUUCGCAAGCAGUUCUCGUCAGGCAAGACAAUUUGUGAUCCAUGGAGCAGUUAAGGUCAACGGCAAACAGAUACGAUACCCAGGUUACCAAUUAAAUCCAGGAGAUAUGUUCCAGGUUCUACCGGAACGCGUUAUGUUCGCUACCGGUGCACCGAAAGUCACCGAGAAAGCCAAGGCGACAGAACAAGAAGGAGAAGGAGAAGACGCUGCUUCGGAAGAAGCUGCAGAAGCCGUGGAAAAGCAGACGCAGCCCGAAGAAGAGGUAGAAGUCGAGCAGGAUCCUCGGGAGGUCCUGAAAGCACUCAAGGCCCAAGCAAAGUCUAUCCUUACAUCGGCAAAGCAAGAUCUGGGUGGGAAACGUAAACAGGAACUGCGGGCUUUUUCCAGAGCCAUUCGAAGACUACUGUCAAAAUCCAAAUCCACGACGCUCGAAACUGGGAGCGCUGAAGCGCAACUGGCAGAAAUCCAAGAGCAGCUGCAAAUCAGACGAGAGCACAAGGCAGCGGGCACAAGCUCGCCACCAUCCGCACAAGCCCAGGUAGCAGCGUCGGCCGAAUCCGCAGAUCUCACAUCCGUUGCACAGGAAGGACCCAAGGCGAGUACAGAGCGACCCAGUCUGAACGACGAGGAGUACAAUGAACUGUUAUCAGCCCUGCGCUCGAUGCAGGAAAAUCCCAUUGACGAUUCGAAGCCCUACGCAACACCGUGGGUGCCACGGGACUUUAUGAGCGUGUUCGCCUUCAUCCCCCGAUUCUUGGAAGUGAACCACAAGAUUUGUGCGGCGGUGUACUUGAGGCAUCCUGUGGCAAGGCCGGGCCUGGCUGAGGUGCCAACACCUUUCACCGAAUCGGUUAACAGCAGCGCUUUUGCGUGGUAUCUGAGAAGGAGAUGAUCUUGGCGGCUGGACUGUACUAUACCUUUGCGCAUAGCGAUGGCGCUGGUCACGACUCUCCAGAAAAUGUAAAACAAUUCUUGUAUUCACAUACAGCCAAGGGGCAGAGAUCAAUGCAUGUAUGGAGUUUGCAGAUGCUCCCGAUUGUAUAUUGUCUAUGUCUAGGAGAUCACAACAAUGGGUUCGACCGGUAUUCUGGAGCCGUCUCCCCGUUGGUCUCUGGCUUUUUGGCCUGGUUCUCUUUCUCGAUGCUAAGCUCGUCAUCCUCGAGGUCCGCCAGAUACUUCUCGGCCUCAAGCGCUGCUAUGCAUCCACUACCAGCGCUGGUGAUGGCUUGUCGGUAUCUCUUGUCCUGAACAUCGCCAGCAGCGAAUACACCCGGGACGCUCGUGUAACUUGUGCCCGGCUCUGUCACAAUAUAUCCAUCUUCAUCUGUGUGGACCUGGCCCUUGAAGAUAGCUGUUGCGGGAUCAUGGCCAACAGCGUAGAAUAGUCCAUUCGCAUCCAUCACUUCCUCCGCGCCA